CCAUGCUUUCAAAUGGAAAUGGAAAUGGAAAUGGCAGAGGGUGAGUUUCCUGGCUGUUAUAGGGAAAGAAAGAGUGAGAGAAAUGAAAAAAAAAGAUGAUGUACAGUAGUAAUGGAGAAUGGGGGAAGUGGGAGGACCUGAACUCUGAAAUAUUGGCUCUAAUACUGGUCAGGAUCUCAGCUGAGGCGAGGGUGGCAACAGCCUCUUUGGUUUGCAAGUCCUGGAUGUCAUGUGUGUUGGGUCCAUUCUGCUGGCCCGACAUUGACAUUCAAGACUGGUGCCGCCGCCGCCAUCUGGCUGUCGAAUACGUUGAUUCUGCUGUUAGGAAGCUCGUCCGUCGUAAGGGCACCUUCCGCCGCCUCUCUGCCUUCCGCCUUGGUGAUUCUGGCUUCGCUUUCGCUGCAAACUGUGGAAGGUGUCUUAAAGUGUUGGAGAUUCCCAUGAGUGAAGUAAAUGGCAAAAUAGUGGUUAAGUUUGCAGAAUCACUUGUAACCUCUGUAAUGGAUAUCAGCUAUUGUUUGAAGAUAACUCACGUAGGCAUCGAAGCCUUUGGGAAGAACUGUAAAUCAUUGACUCAGUUCAAGAGAAAUAUGCCCCCACAAGAAUUGGAAAGAUUGUCAAGCACAUCAAAGGUCAAUAAGCUUGAAGCAAUGGUCAUAGCUGAUACAAUGCCAUUGCUCCAGCAUCUUCAACUCGGGUUUGGCUGCUUUGGUGACACUGGUCUUGGUGCAAUCCUUGCUAAGUGCAAGGCCCUUACCCACCUUGACAUCCAAGGAUGCUGGAAUCUUAAACUGGAAGGUGAGUUGGAGGACAGGUGCCUGCAACUGCCGGCUUUUAAGAGCCCCUGGGUUUAUGACUUGUUCGCUGAUAAUGAUGAACAAGAUGAUGAGAACGACGAUGAUGAAUAUUCUUCCACGGAUUCUGAAAUAGAAGAUCUUGUUUCUUUUGUGAUAGAUGGUUUUUGUUUCUUUUGGUAACACCACUAUCUUGCUUGCACAGUCACAGUAUUCACUAAACAUUAUACUCCUUGCUUCAAUGAGAUCAAUGAUCCUAUAAUCUUCUUA